AUCAUACCCUCUCGUCGACAUAGUGCGCAACGAUGUCGGCCUCGUCGUCAACGUCAGCCUCGACCGCGACACCGUCCACCCUCGCCGCAGGCUCCUCCGCCGAAACCCAAGCAGCCGCAUUCGCCUCCGACCCGCGCAUCCAUUUCGACACGCAGAGCCAGACGUGGAAGUUCGAGGACGAUAAUGGAGAUGAGCUGGAGUAUGAUGCGGGGAAGGGGGCUUGGGUUCCUGUGGUAGAUGAGGAGCUCCUGAAGCGCCAAGCCGCCGCAUACUCAAUCGCAGGCGUAGACGAAGAGGCCCCCGCAGCGCCCGUCGCGAAACGUGCCAAAAAGCGGAAACAACCCGAGGACUACACCUCCGCCACGCCCGAUUCUGGUCCCAUCUCCAUCAAACGCGGUAAAAACUCGUCCAAACCGUCCGCCUCGACUUCCAAUGGUACAGGUGCGGAUGCACCACCCCCGAAGAAAUCGAAAAACACAGCCGUAUUCGUGACCCGCCUCCCGCUCGACGCGACACACGAAGAGAUCGUGUCUUGUUUUUCUAAAUGUGGAUUGAUCGAAGAGGACGAUGAUGGGGAGCCGAAGGUCAAGAUGUACGCCCGGGAGACGGAUGAGGGGAGUAAUGGCAAUGGCAAUGGCGCUGGAGGUGGAGGUGGGGAGUUUAGUGGAGAGGCGCUGGUGGUGUAUUUCAAGGAAGAUUCGGUGGAGUUGGCGGUCAAUAUCCUUGAUGAUACGGAGUUGAGGUUGGGGGACGAUACGACGAGGAUGAGGGUGCAGAGGGCUGAAUUUGGGCAUAAGGGGGAAGAAGGUGGUGGGAGCGGCGCUCCUGGGUCGGCGAGCGGGAAGGGUGAGAGGACGAGGAAGGUGGUGGAUAAGAGGAAGACGACGAGGAGGUUGGGGAAGAUGCAGAAGAAAUUGGAGGAAUGGGACGAUGAAGAUAACUUUGGGCCAUCGCUCACGGACGCAGACCGUCUUGGGCCAGGCCCACAAGGCGCAGGUGCCAACCCGAAUAGCCGUGUUGUCGUGCUGAGACAUAUGUUUACGCUGGAGGAACUGGAGAAAGAUGCCACAUUAUUGCUGGAUCUGAAAGAAGACGUGAGAGAAGAGUGUGAGACGCUGGGUGAGGUGACGAACGUGGUGUUGUACGAUAAGGAGCCAGAAGGGAUCAUGACGGUCAAGUUCCGCGACCCAGUCAGCGCCCAGGCAUGCGUCAUCAAAAUGAACGGUCGUUUCUUCGCCGGACGCGCCAUCGAAGCCUCCCUCUGGGCGGGCAAACAACGCUUCAAACAGUCCGGGAAGGGAGGACAUGCCUACGAGGAGGAGACUACAGGUGGGGACGAGGGUGAGAAGAAGCGGUUGGACGACUUUGCGAGGUGGCUCUUGACGGAGGGUGAUUGAUUUGGUCUGUUGGUGUUGUGCUUGUUCGAUGUCUUGGUUUCGUUGGAGGGUGAUAUGUAUGGGUGGGUUGGAAGGACGAGUGGUUAGGCGCGCGUGGUGUAGACCGUAGGUAGUCCGGGUUUUAGGGGCUUCAUCAUUAUGGUCGUUC